AUGCACCUGAAGUACGUGCAGUUCGAAAGAGAAAGAGGCACCACCAAUCUUGUACAGCCAAAGCUAGAACCCCGCCAUCACCAUGCCCAACUUGUCAGCAGAAUCAUUUUAAGAAGCACUGUCCACAAAACCGUCAUGCUACCAGUGCUACUCAGCAGUCAAAGGCUACAUCGCAACGCCGCAUCAAACGCCGCAUCGUUUCCACGCACUUGGUACCAACGUCUCGUCGGUCGUACUGCAGAUGUACAAAAGUAUCUGAAAGUUCACAUCAACGGACAUUCUAUCCGUCUCCAGUUGGGCAUGGGUGCCGACGUCACCAUCAUCUCGUCCAACCUGGAUGCAACUUGGAGGUCCGCAGCUACAGAAGACAUCCGAUACACUAAGGGGACGGACGGUUUGUCACUACGAAUCUACGGAGAGUUCGAUGCCGCUUUCGUGGUCGUUGACAACCGAGGAAAAGCAUCCCGGACAAGGUGUAUGUUGUGUCUCUGNGUGUAUGUUGUGUCUCUGAUGACAACGAUCUGCUCGGAAUCAUCUGGAUUUAGCAAAUUCCAGAUUUCAACCUGGUCCUGA